GUCACUACUACUUCAGGCCUUCAGGUUCGACCUAUCCAGGUACUAUGCCCGGAGACACAGCUGGCUCGAUGCUAGAACGGCUCAACCAGGAUGUCUGCCGCCACAUCCUAUUCGAACUUUCAGUGGUUGACUUAUUGUCGCUCUCAAUGACAUGUCAUUGGCUUCGGGAGCCAUGCAUGCCUCUCUUGUUCGGCCGUUCUUACCUCACAGUCUACGCCCCGGAUAAAGUCGUCCUGCCGGGUUUGUUCCUUCCUACGUCGCUCAGGCCUUACGUCCAGUACGUCUGCCUGUGUCUUCGACCGCGUCAGGUUCUCACUCUCACCGUCGACUUGGACAGUUCGAUGAUCAUUCGUGACGAGUGUUUGGAUCAGCGAAACAAGGCCAACAUGAGAAGGCCGCCCCACUUCACGGACGACCUCAGGCUUUGUGGUGCUUACCCUGGUGCUGCCCUUGCUGAACGGCUGCAAGAGCUACCUCAUCUACGCUCCUUGACGAUACACAAAGUCAACGACUCGAUGCAUGGCUUGUGCUGGGAUACACUGAGCGCGGUCCUCUCCAUACCUCAUUUACGCGAGUUCAAAGUCAAGAACCUGUACUUCUGUCCCAUCCUACGCGCCGGGGAGCAACUCGACAUCGACAUCGUAGCUCCGAUUACAUCAUUCCAAUUUCGGAUGUGGCAUCCACGAGAGCCGUUCACUUUCCCGUCCGAGACGGUCGUGCUGUCUGCCAUAUUGAGCAAACUAUGCGAGACUCUCGAGACUUUGGUCCUCACUAGUGAGCCCGCCCCACUGUCCACUCUGUCCCAACUUCGCUGGCCUCGUCUGCGCAGGAUUACCUUCUACGGCACUCCGUGGACGACGUUGCCCGCGCCGUUCGUAUCACAUUUCUCUGGGAUGUCGGGACUACGGUGUAUUUCUCUGAAGUUGAAUCCUCCGCCACACACCGUCCCCCAGGCACUGUGGCCUCCUGGCUACGCCUGUUCGUUUCCGUGGCCAGAGCUCGAACGGCUGGUUAUUUCGUACCCUGACCCUCAAGACGGAAUCUACGAACAUCUGCCGUUGUCCCUCCGUGCCCUGUCCCUGCGUUGCUGGUACCACCUCUAUGUCCAGCAACAAUAUUCCCGAUUUGGUGCUUCGCAUCCUCCUACCUAUGACGCCCUAUUAUCUUCCUCUGCAAUGCUGUCGAUCUUGCAUCAAUGUAAUAGGUUGAAUCUGAACCACCUCGAGAUCGAGUAUCGCGCCGAUAAUGAAGACGACGCAUUGCUGCAAUACGUAGUAGCGACUUUCCCACAUCUCGUCUCGCUGAAGAUUCAUCGAUAUCGGUCCCAUACCGAAGAAUGGGAAGGGCGGGAUGCACCGGUGGCCCGCAUUGCGCAGACGCUUGCUGCUCUCACUCAACUUCGCCGUCUCAAAGUAUAUCUGGACUUAUUGGAAACACCUCACACAACUAUUGUACUACAUGAUGCGGCGGCGGUCUUCGCACAGUUGCUCAGCUCUUCCUUGAAUAUUCUUAUCAUCCGUAGUCCGAGUGACCCCUCUUGGUAUACCUUUGAUGUCAUUGUCGGUUGCGCUCAUGAGCGGCAGGAGAUUAUGUGAAUAGAUUUGGUACAUCAUUAUUCACAUGCAGGGUUGACACUGCCCUGACGCUGAUGGUGUAUGUAGUUCCAAUACUUACAUACA